AUGUCGGACCUUGCGAGUCGAAUCUCCAAGCCCGAAGAAUCGGCGGCCGAUGAGGGAAAAGAAGCUGGAGCUGCUUCAAGUGCACAAGUAGAUGGCGCAUCUGCUGCCAUCGGUGGGUCGUCCCUGACGGAAGCUGAUGGUGACGUCGAAGUCACCAUUAGCGGAGGCGACAACGAUGCUCCCAUCUAUUCGGCUGCUACCUGGGAGGACUUGGGACUAUCAGAGCACAUCCUCAAGGGUCUGCUGGCGGAGAAUUUCUUGAAACCUUCCAAGAUCCAAGGCAGGUCCUUGCCUCUCAUGCUUAGCGAUCCACCGAAAAACAUGGUGGCUCAGUCGCAAUCUGGUACCGGCAAGACGGUUGCUUUCCUCACGGCCAGCUUGUCUCGAGUUGACUUCACCCAACCUCAUCAGCCGCAGGCUUUGAUUCUUGCACCUACCCAAGAACUUGCCGACCAGAUUUACAGGAAUAUCCACACGAUUGGCCGGUUCAUCGAAAACCUCAAAGUGGCAUUAGCGAUUCCUCAGAAAAUUCCUCGAGGCGAGCCCGUUCGAGCCAGCGUGGUAGUUGGUACUCCCGGUACCGUGCUUGACCUCGGACGUCGUAAGCAGCUCGAUGCUUCAAAACUCAAGGUUCUUGUCGUCGAUGAGGCCGACAACAUGUUGGAUCAGGCUGGCCUUGGCGAUCAGUGUCUUCGUGUAAAGCGCCAACUGCUGCCGGCCGCCACUCAAGCCACCAUACAGGUGCUUUUGUUCUCCGCCACGUUUCCUCAGCGUGUCAUGGAGUACAUCCCGAAGUUUGCGCCGGACGCCAACAGUCUGAAACUCAAGACCAAAGAGCUUACCGUCAAAGGCAUCUCACAAAUGUUUAUCGAUUGCCCCGACGAAAAUGCUCGCUACGGUAUUCUCUGCAAACUCUACGGCUUGAUGACUAUCGGCCAAUCUGUCAUUUUCGUCAAGACACGAAAAAGUGCCAAUGAAAUUCAACGCCGCAUGACGGAUGACGGACACAAGGUAACCGUUUUACACGGAGAAUUCGACAGCAGCGAGCGGCAGGAGCUGCUGGCCAAGUUCCGAAGCGGAGAGAGCAAGGUUCUCGUUACAACCAACUUGUUGUCUCGAGGUAUCGAUGUCUCGAGCGUGUCAAUGGUCAUCAACUACGAUAUUCCCAUGAUGCCAGGACCAAAGGGUGACGAGCCAGAUGCCGAGACAUAUCUCCACCGAAUCGGACGAACCGGACGGUUCGGUCGUAUUGGUGUCAGUAUUAGCUUCGUUUACGAUCAAAGGAGCUUCGAAGCCCUGAGCGCGAUCGCCACGCAUUUCGGUAUCGACCUAGUCAACCUGCCAACGGACGACUGGGACGAGGCCGAGGAAAAAGUGAAAGAGGUGAUUAAAAACAACAGUGCGCAGGCGAGCUAUGUGCCAGCAGUGGAAAGCAAUCAGCCCACAGCUGCGUCUUAG